CUGAGCGACACAUCCCGCCCAGCCUCUAUACAGAGUUCAACCCUCCUUGUGCCCGACCAAAAUGAAAGCCAUACCAGCGACACCUCACGCCCGGUCUCCGUCCAGGUCUCUAGUCAAACCAAUUCGCCACAGGUAGCAGCCAACCCCAGCAGCGUGGAUGCCUUGCCUCUCACCUCCCUUUCAAUACAAUCAGCCACGGCCAGCGGGGAAGCCGUCGACAGCACCUCAGAACCAAUCAAUAGCCAAGCCCAAGUGUCACAGCCUGUCGAAGUUGAGACCCUUACUAAAGAAAGCACCCUAACGAUGCGAGAAACCCUUUGGCGCCGUGCUUAUGGUAUGCUGGCUGAGAAACAACCAGAUCUUGGCCAAGACUACGGCAAGCACCUACAGGGUGACGUCGAUGACGUUGAUGGUGCUGACCUACCAGUGUUGGCUGAUCCAGAACGUAUUAAGGCUACUAUUGCCAACCUCUUAGAAGCUCGCGAGAAACGUCAAUGGUCCAUAAAACUUGGCGGCAAGACUGUCAAGGUGAAAGACCAGGUAGAAACGCUUGCCAAGCUGCUAGUCUGGUCAGACAAAAUUAUCAAGGAUGCUCUCAGCGCCCAGCCCACGGCCUUAGGUGCUGAUGCACACCAUGAGUUCUUUGACAUGCUCUUGGAGGCUGGAGCAGAUCCCAAUCAAGCGAACCACGCAGGCCAAAUCCCGCUUCACGUUGCAAAAUCCAGGUUAAUAGUUGAAUUAUUGAUCAAAGCCGGCAGUGAAGUGAAUAUCAGAGACUCAAAGGGUUCUACACCACUACACUACAUUGCGGCAUCGUUUCCAGACACUAAAGCUAGUGCGAUAUGUGAGCUGGUCAGGGCAGGUGCUCGACUCAACGAUGUCAACUCUGAGGGGCAAACGGCUCUUCAUCUUGCCUUAAAAGGAGAGGCUAUACAAGAAAAUCAGUUCCGUGUUGACCUGGUGCACUAUGGCAGUAACGAUAGGCCGUGGCGCCAUCGCUAUUCAACCACCACUGAUGAAGGAUACAUCACCCUCGAACACGACAGCACCUAUGAAGAGGAACAAGAUAGCACCUAUGAAAAGGAACAAAACAGUAACUAUAAAGAGAAAAGCUCUCAUAUCGCGACCAACGGGUAUGGUUAUUCAGCGACCGAGAUUCUGGUCCACGCCGGUGCAAACAAGGACGCGCAAGACAAGAUGCUGCGUUCGCCACUUCACUACGCAGCAGCGGAUGGGCCACAUGUUAAAACUCUCAAAUUAUUGCUUCGUCAUGGUGCAAGUCCUCUAUUGGCAGACAAGGAUGGCAGGACUGCACUUCAUCUGGUAGCAAUAAAGGGCAAGGUUACACGAGCUAAGCUGUUAGUCGAAGCUGGGGCAGAUGCUAACUGUCGGGAUAAUCAUGGCAAGACGGCUCUGGAUCUAGCGAGAGAGGUCGAGUCUCCGGAGACGGUGGCUUACCUCGAGACGGUAACAAACCCCUAG